AUGGAAGAAGGUGAAGGCGCUCUUGCAGCUGAAGAUGCCGAGAAACGGAGCCCCAACGACUUCGCCCUUUGGAAGGCGUCGAAGCCGGGCGAACCGGCUUGGGAGAGUAAAUGGGGCCCUGGACGUCCUGGUUGGCACAUUGAGUGCUCUGUCAUGGCCACAGACGUCAAUGGGGAGUACCUGGAUAUCCACGCUGGAGGUGAAGACCUCAAGUUUCCGCAUCACGACAACGAGAUGGCGCAGUCCGUGGCGUGGCCUUUGCAGUUCUGUCUGACCUGUUGUCUGAGGAGUCGUAGCAUGUCCCAGACAAGGUCCUUCUUUGCGCCCGGAAAUACAUCAAAUAAACAAGCCGUUACAAAGACUCCCCCAAGCAAAAAAGACCACCCAAUUCUCAGCAACGCCCUGUGGCCUAGGAAGCCUACCUGCAGCGAUCCCAGUGGGUGA